UCUCCCAGAAAUCUCGUGGCAAAACAACAACAGACGUUCGAGUCUCUCGUGCAACAGUUCAUAAAAAAACCCGUGAAAAAUUGUUGAAACGAUCUCCACACAAGUGUGAACACUCCAGUGAUUGUGUUAUUGUGAGCAAUUGCCGAUAGUUCCUCGCUCGACAAAAUCCCGGACUAUUUAAUUCACUCGUGAUAUGUGAAAACAUCCAUUGGCUGAUGAAAGUCAUGGUCAUCAUGUCUAGAGAUCGUGUACUGCCAAAGGGCCCCGACGACAUAUGACCCGUGCAUAAACAUCCACAACCGUAUUUCUUCAUUUCCCCGCAUUGACACGUUCCCCACAAUUUUUCGGCCACGACCAAAACAAAGAUAGGCGUUAUCCCCCACCCGCGGGCGCUACCAUUUUAUUUCUAUCGGGCAGAAGAAGCAAAGGAAAAAAAACAAAACCGAGGGGUACGCGGAGGACCACAAAAACAUUGGGGGUUUUUGUGGAACACGCGGUGCAGGAGGAAAACACUAGACCUCGGAGAGUGCAUAGACGAUUGAAAUCGUUUGUCUCCCACGCGUCGAUUGAUAUUACACGUGUAAUCACAGCGGCACGUGUUGGCCGAUUAUUUUGAGAUUGUCAUAGAGCCGUUGGGAGCCACCAUUUGUAUUAUUGACAUUCGUGGGGCUUUGUUUACUCUUCUGGCGCACAAAUUGUCGAGUGAUGAGAGAGCCUUUGUUCGUGGAUUGUGAGAAUUUGUGAUUUAACGAGUUUAAUCGUAAAUAUUAAUUAGAUAAGUUGGUAAGUCGAGAGUGAAUUCGGAGGAUAUUGGGGAUAUUGACGAUGGGGGAUAUGAAUUACUCGGAUUAUCUGCUCGAGUUUGGGAGCAGUGCGAUGGACACUCUGGUGAAGCAGGAGCCUGCUCAGGGUCUGGAGAUGAGCUCGUCGUCGGCUUCAGUGCCGAUACCGGGGGGCCAUCGGGGCUCGCGUGGUGUUUACGAUCAAUUUUCACCUUCUCCACUCGCUGUCCCCUCCGUCUGGGGGACCAGACCCGAUCAGGACGACUCGCAGUUCAGGAUUGAUUCCGAUCAGCUGGGGAUGGGCUUCAAAAUGGAGGAUGACGAUAUCUUUCAGGUGGACAAGGCCGAUUUGAUUCAGGGGCCCACGUUAGCUGAGCUCAAUGCCAAUGACGAUAUUCUUCUGGGAGAUCUCAAUUUCGAUGAUCUGCUGCUGCCUGAGGAUCGACUGCAGCCCCUCAGGACUGAUGCCAACAUCAUGCAGACCAGUGGACCCCUGUUCAGCGGGGGACUCACCAACUUUGCACCCAGCAGCUUCCCACAAUCGACUACUUUGUACAGGAAUUGCCCGCCUUAUGCUGCUAACUCGGGGUUCAACUUCAAUGGGAUUGGGCUGAUUGAUAAUCUUGAGGCUGUCAGCCCACCUGCUUAUCCCAGCCCCAGCACCAGCAAUUUAGCAGGCUCUUUGGAUUCGUGUUACGAUGUAGGUAGUUCAACCGCCAGUUCGUCGACGUCACCUCACCCCGUCGUGAGACCCACAACCCAGUCGACUCUCCACGAACUCCUCAUGAGAAAAGCUGAGAAUGCACCCACCAGUCCCCCCUGCAAUCCGAUGGACACGUCCUCGCCGAUGGAGACUGGUGGCACACAGAUAAAGUCCUCUAGGCUCUCCAUGUCGGCUCCUACCCAGUCGAUGGGGAUGGAGCAGCUGUGGGCCAGACGAGAGCCACGUCAACAUCUCUUGAGCACCAGUAGCAUUGGAGUUGUCGAGGCUGGAUCCACCAGCAGCCUGAGCACUGGUGGGGCACUCAGUCCAGAUCCUCUGGGGCACAUCGAGGGCAUUGCACAGAUCGAUCCACUCAGUCAUGAUGAGUAUGAGGACAGUGAUGACGAUAGUGAUCAUUAUUAUGACACUAGUGACAAUGAAAGUGGAGGAAGUGACGGUGAGGAUCAAGGCAGUAUUAAAGGAAGCAGUGAGGGACGUGAGCCAAAACACAGCAAGAAGGAGAAGUAUUUCUGGCAGUACAACGUACAAGCUAAAGGACCCAAAGGCCAAAGACUCGUGGCACGUGCUCGUCUGGAGGAUCCACAUGUCCUCAACCAGGCAACCGAUCCAGUUUUCAGUCCUCACUGUGCACUCAGGGGCAUAAAGCACAGUGGCAAAGCCAGAAAGGGCGAUGGAAACGAUCUCACACCGAACCCGAGGAAAUUGUACAGCAUUGGAAGGGAGUUGGAUAAGUUGGCUCGUGUUAUCAAUGACAUGACACCAGUUUCAGAGUUGCCAUUCACUGCUAGACCAAAAACAAGGAAGGAGAAGAAUAAAUUGGCUUCCAGGGCUUGUAGAUUGAAGAAGAAGGCACAACAUGAGGCGAACAAAAUUAAAUUGCAUGGGUUGGAGCAAGAACACAAACGUCUCAUUCACGGAAUAUCCCAGAUAAAACACACCCUGGCGACGAAACUGACAGAACCAAAUCCAGAGCAUCAGGAUGAACUCUCUCGACAAAUGGAUAAAAUCGUUAAAUCAGCAACAAAGGGUAAUCCUUUUGUUUCAGAAGUACGCAUUGCAAGCCACUCAACCGAAUUCGUCAAUAAAGUCCUCGACAAGGUGAAAUCAGGGGUUCCCGAUGGUGGCAUUGAUGACUUUUAGUACAGAGUUGUCAAACUGUUUCUUACACAUCGAGUGUGUAAUUCAGAGAACGAAAGACAGUCUAACCGUGCACACAGCGAUACAUAUAUUUUCAUGGUCCUCGUUAAUGAAUCAAGAGUUUAAUUUUUUUAAUUAUUGUUUAUCGUCCAUUUGGAGUAUAAAAUUAUCGUCGUUAGGGGAAAGUCAAUUUGAAUUUUUGUUAUUACGAACGAAAGGGGAAAAUUUGAAAUUAUGUUUGUUUUUCAUUUUUUUUAAGGGGAGACUGCUACGAGUUUUGAAAGUCCUGGGCUGUUGGAGUGAGAUUUCUCAUACGUUGAAGAUCAAUCAUGUUUUAAAACGAAGAAUGAGGGCAAAAAAAUGAUUGUCAAUUUUUUUUCAUGGAAACUACAAUUAUUUCCCAUUGAUAUUUUAAUUGAUACAUGUUUUUUAGUUAUCAACAUUUAAAAAAUCCAUUUAGCCCCACUCUCCUCUAUAUAAUUGAUCUUUCACGUAUGAGAGAUCUCACUCCCACGACUUUAAAGAGUCACGAUAGUCUCCCUUCAACGCACUCUGGGUGAUAUUUCAAAAGUUAUUGCCUUAGUUUAGAGUAGAAUUUCCUCGAGUGAAGGAUAGUUGUCUGACAUGGUCUACCUCAAAAAGUAACGCUAUACCUGCAGAAAAAAAAACAAACCUUUGAGAGAGUAUAGAGUAUACAUUAUCUGAAAAUAUUAUAUAACGAUAUAUACUAUAUUUUACGUCUAGAUAUUAGGCUGCUGGAACAGCUCUGGUAGCUGAAAGCGCUUCUAUGAUAAGAGAUUAUCGUGUAAUGAUACAUGAACAUAACUUUUGAUUUUUCAAUAUAUUUUAUUAAUAUAUUCCAUAGAUAUUAUGUAUUACGCCUACUGUUAAUCAAAUCGGAUGAAAUGGGACGCAAAGAAUUUAUCUUUGUACUGUAAUUUUCACUGUGAAAAUAGAAUCCUCGAAUUUUAUGUCAAUUGAACAUUGCCUAGGAUGAUUUUUUUACGAUAAUGCGGGAAGAAUAAAAAAAAACAGGGGGACGAGUAUACGAGUAUACUUUUUGAAAGAAAAGUAGUUUUUUAUGACACGGAUUUUCGCUCGUCGCAAUGGCAUCGGCUUCAGGCGUUUUUUCAUUUUUAAUAUGUGAACAUUUUUCAUCGCCUAUUACCGAUACAGUGGAUUUUUACGUUUAUGUGCCAGAUUAUUUUAAGGAUAAGUCAACAGUUGAUUCGUUACUUUUAUUUUGUAUCUUACCUUACGUUUUAUAAUCUAUUUUUCCACGAACGGUUUAUACUUGUUAAGAAGGUGUUUUUUUUUCGUUUGGUUUUUAUGAAAAACAGGUACAAGUUGUAGUUUGAUACUCUAAAUUUGUAGGAUAUUUUGUCGAUGUAAAUAGAUGUGAUUUUUUUAAGUUUA